UCAAAUUUCAUAAUUCAUUCAUUAUUCAACCAUUCUACUUUGAAUUUUCUCAUUUUGUUUUUUCAAUUUACAUAUCUUCAUAUUUUUCAUAAUUUAUUCUACAAACUGAGAUAUAGAGAGAGAAUCAGAGAUUGGCAUUAUUGUCAGUACCAAAAAUAACUUUCCUUUCUCCAUUCCACGCUAUUUUUGGUCUCCGAUCUCCCUUCCACUUACAGCAGCGGAAGAAUCACCAGCAAAAUCAAAAUUAGAAAGAAAAGCAAAACAAUUUUACAUUAAUAAAGGAUUUAAAGAAAAAUCAUUGACAUGAGUUCGAUUCCUUUGAUCAACACACUCCCUGUUGUUGCUCCGCUUCGCUCCGUUUCCCCUCCUCAAUGCGGCGAGUUUCUUCCUUUAUCCGCCAUCCCAAAACGGCGACGUUCAUUGUCCUCAGCUGCGUUUCGCCCAGUUUCUUCGGGCCCUGGCCCAAGCCCAGGUCCAACUAUCAAUUCAGCUCCGCGCGGGAAUGGAAGUUACACAGUUGGUGAUUUCAUGACAACGAAAGAUCAUUUGCACGUUGUCAAGCCCUCCACUACCGUUGACGAAGCUUUGGAGGCACUCGUCAACAACAGGAUCAGUGGUCUUCCAGUUAUCGAUGACGACUGGAAUCUCGUUGGAGUUGUUUCAGAUUAUGACUUGCUAGCAAUUGAUUCUAUAUCAGGUGGUCCUCAAAGUGAUGCAAACUUAUUUCCUGAUGUUGGUAGCUCUUGGAAAACAUUUAAUGAGAUACAAAAACUGCUUAGUAAGACUAAUGGAAAAGUUGUUGGUGACCUAAUGACGCCAACUCCACUUGUUGUUCAAGAAUCUACUAGUCUGGAGGAUGCUGCUAGGCUGUUGCUUGAAACAAAAUAUCGUCGACUACCUGUGGUAGACAAGGAUGGGAAGCUGGUUGGACUCAUUACAAGGGGAAAUAUCGUUAAGGCAGCUCUGCUAUCGAAACAUGCCGGCGAGUGGUGAGAGAUCCACAUAGUUUGAGAAAACCUUAUUCAAAUAGUUUUGCUCACGGUUUGUGUAGUGAAAGUCAGCAUAGCCUCUACAUGAUUAGGUAUUUAGUCAUCAUCCGAUGGACGUUUAGAUUAUAUUACAGAUGCGAUAUGCAUGGCCAAAAUAGAGUAGCUGAAAACAACUUCUGAAGUGUUAAUAUUUAUAGACGAGGGUGAUCAAUCGAUCUCCUUGUUUGAGAUAUUUUAUGUGCCCUGGAUUGUUUAAACCAUGGAAACACUAUAUAUAGUCAAUUUCUAUUCAAGCUCUCGAAUAGAUCAUUUUGAGCACUGUA